UUUAAAUCAAUAAGACAUUUAACAUGUAAUUUUUUUACUUUAUUUUUAUCUUGCCUUCAUAUUGUGAGGCGAGAGUACUCAUAAAUGAGGAAUAUCCACUUAUCAUUUUAUAGUUCCUGCAUCAGUGCAUCUUCUUUUUAGUGCUACUUAAAAAUAGACUUCCUAAUUUGAAACAUCAAGUAAUAUUUGAUUUACAUUGCAAUGCUAGUCAUUUUUGGAUACUUUCAUUGAAAAUAUUCAUACAACAUAUGUCCUGCUUCACCUCCUCUUACAUUACACCCGGUCAAAUUUUGCAAAUUCUAUAUAAUUUGCAUUAUUUUUUGUCUAUGGACAUAGUUCACACAGUGUUCCAAAAGUGACAAUUAAAUACUAAUCUACACUCAUGAAAGGUGGUUUUCGUUGGCUAAUUUGCUUUUAACGGCUAAAAGCUUGUAAAUUUUGGGGGACUGGUGGAACAGUUGAAUUAGUGAGAUGAUAUUUUUCAAUUGACAACUGAAUUGAUACUGAUAUUAACAUAUCAUUAGGACUUUAUUAUCAUUUAUUACCAUACCCAACUCAUGUAAGCAUAAAUACAAUAGUGUGUGGUCUGCAUUAGAUACACAUUAUCAUUAUGAAAUUUCUUAAAUUCUAUAAGGAUAUUUCAAAUUUCUUAUUUUUUUCUGUCUCUCAUUUGGUGGAUGAGGGUGUUCAGCUCAAGUCAAGACUUUUCAAGCUGUGUUAAUGUUUUCCCUUUACUGAAUAUAAACUAUAUUGUAGCUUGAGCUGAGAGUUGUCUGUUAAGUUGAUUGUACUCUGUUAUAUAUGAUAGAUUGAUCUUAUUUAAUAAAAGGUGUAAUAGGCUUAAAUAAGGAUUAUAAUAUAUAGUGUAACAUGGACUGUGUGAUACAUUUAGCACCUAAAAUGCAUAGAUACAGUAUGUUUAGUUAUUUCAGUACAUGUUUGUUGGCCUUGUUUACGGUGCCACUUUCAGCAUGAUUUGUUUUCUGGUAUACUAGCAGGAACAAUUUGUGUUUUAGUCCUCUGAUCAGCAAGACAUUAACCCAGAGUUCAUAUUUUGAAGACCUUACUCUUCAUCAAAGCAGAACCCUCACUGUGCAAUUGGGUAAUUGCAAUGAGCAAUUCCUCCACUGGAACUGGAACGUCAUCAAAACCGAGGGCAGCUUCCUCGCAACCAUCAGAAACUUCACCCAAGCGCAAAAGAGGAGUUUUCCAAAAAGAAUUGCAGCACAUGAUGUAUGGCUUUAGAGAUGACCCUAACCCACUUCCUGAAAGUGUGGCACUUAUGGAGGACAUUGUUGUGGAAUAUGUCACAGAAUUGGUACAUAAAGCCCAAGAAAUUGGAUCUUAGAGGGGGAAGCUAUCAGUGGAGGAUUUCCUCUAUUUGAUUCGCAAGGUAAAUUUUUAUUCUCAAUAAUUAUUAUCAAGAUUAAAAAUUAUUGGGGAACCUUGAAUUCUCUGCAUCUCUUUUCAUAUAGUCCAUCCUUUUAGUAAAUAUAGAACCAAUAUUAUGUAUUGGAAGAGAAAACACAACAAAAUAAAUGAAUUAAAGAGGAAUCCAGAUCAAGCUAAAGGAAAAAUUCUCUUUAACACUUAAAUAUUUAGAACAGUAUUGACCCAUCUUUUUAUAAGUGUUUAUUUCCUAGUUGAUUUGGAAUCAGAUUUGCAGAACACAAUUGUAACCUGACACUCUUACUAGCUAGAAGUUGCUCUUUUCAAUCCGUCUUUGGGUCUUGUUUGGAUAAACUACACUAAAAACACUUCUAGAAGAGAAAAAUAGAAACAAAAAUGAAAUAAAUUUCUACAUAAACUAAUUUGUAGAUUUUUUUUAAAUUCUUUUUUUCAAAAUCUUAUUUUUAAC